CCCAGUUCCUUCAGCAUCGACCUAGUCGUGCUGCGCCGCCACGGCCGGCCGGCCGCCCGGCCUUCUGCCCAGGUCCUCGGCCUGCUGCCUGGCCUUCUGCUCAGCUGGUCAGCUCCUCGGCCGGCCUCCUUGCUUCUAUUCCUCCGUAUAGGAAGUCCAGCAACAAGAUGGCUGAUCGACGUUGCUUGUCUGAGCGACAAGGCCAUCAUCUGCAAUCAAAUGGUGCAAUUGAUCUUGAAGUUGAUGGUGGGACUACAGGUCUUCAUCCAGAAAUAGGAAUCACAAAAGGUAACUCUCGAGCCAAAUGGAGUCACCAAAUGAAGCUGUACCUUAUUAAACUCCUAAAAGAUCACGAUGUGCCUGGUUUUCGGACACAGAAUGCUUGGAGCAAGGAGGCAUGGAAUAAUAUUCUUCAUCAACUCAAUCAAAAGUUUGAUCAGUCAUUUACUCUCAACCAAGUCAAACAGAAGGAGCAAGAUCUGAAGAGAGACUAUCAUACUGUGAAAAAGUUGUUGGAUGUAAGUGGCUUUGGAUGGGAUAAGGACAGAAAAAUGGUAGACGCACCUGAUAGUGUUUGGGCAAGCUUUACUGCUCGUACGAACAGCAAGGAUGCUCUCCAAUGGAAAGAAAGAUCAUUUCCCUUUUAUGAAGAAUUAGCUCCACUCUAUGAAGAUGACUUCAACAUAAUAUUCACAAUUCCAUUGUAA